AUGAGUAGUGUUGUUAAUAAAAGUGGAACUCGUUUUGCCCCAAAGGCAAGGCAACGGAGAGCUGGUACUUCCACUCCUACUCCAGUACCAUUGCCUAUGCCUGUCCAGAAACCAAUUAUUACCAAUGAUGAAGCAUUACAUAACCAAGAAGUUGAAGGUGAGGAUGAGAUUCCGGCCAAAAAUAGCGAUCAUGAUAAUAAUGCUGAACCGCCUUCACCAAAGGCAAAAACUGUAGUUGAAGAAACUUCCACAUAUAAUAAGCUUACUACUAAAGUUAAUACAUUCGCCAUGCAUUUGCAAAAUGGUGAUUCUAUCUCGCCUUCUCAAACGAGCACACAACUUAAUCAACAAGAUGAUGCAAUUCCAAUACCGAAAUCAGCAGUAAUCAACCCACCAACAACCGUAAGAUCAGGAAGAUUAGCAUCAUUAAGUAAGACCAUAAAUGCACCAUUAUUUAAAACCGAUUAUACAGCUAAUACUACUGUCACAGAUGGUAAAAAGGAAAGAAGACUAUCCACAAUCUCUACAUCUUUACCGAAGAAAAUUAAAAUGGCCAAUGCGAUGGUUACAGAAAAUGAUAAUGCUACAUUGAAUGCCCUAAAGAGACGCCGGAUGUCAAGUAGAUCAUCUGUCUCUAAGAAGACAGGCUCGCAACGUAGAAUUAGUGUCGUUUCCAAAAUAAACGUCCCUGUGGGUAAAUCAACUUCUUCGUCUUCUUCAGCAUCAUCAUCUAAAGCCACAUCUAGAGCAACUUCUAUUAAUUCUUCACUGAAUGGAGUUUAUACAGCGACACCAAUUCCAAAUCCAGCAAGAAUUAAAGUUGGUGAAGAGGAAGAAUUUUUCCAAAAGACAGAUGCCUUGUAUGGAAAAUAUAUUAUUAAGAAUUUCAAAGAAAUCCCAAAGAAUAUUCGAGACGAUGAUUCAAAACGUUAUAUGAUUGAUGAAGAAAAGUUCACCAUUGCAGAAUUAUGUAAGCCAAAUUUGCCCAUUGGUGAAAUUUCUGAAAAUUUUGAAAAAUCAAAAAUGGCAAAUAAAUUGAAAUUAACCAAAAGGAAAUAUAAGAGAGAGAUGAGGAAGCGUGCUCGUGAAGAAUUUAGAUCAUUACGUUCAUUAAAUAAAGAAGAAGAAGAGGAAGAGAGGGAAAAUCGUAAACAAGCUGCAGAAAAAUUAUUGAAUACUGAUGUUCCUGAUAGUUAUAAACCCCAUACUGCAAUUCAAUUGAAAUUAAAUCCUGAUGGUACUUUAGCCGUCGAUGAAGAAUCCACAGUGGUGGAUAGACAUAAGAAUGCAAGUUUAGAAAAUGCACAUAAACAAAAAGUCGAUGAGAAUCCAUUUGAAAAAUUAUAUAAUUCAGCUACAUAUGGUAGGAAUUCUUUUACUGAUCCAUGGACUACAGAGGAAAUCAUUAAAUUUUAUAAAGCUUUAUCCAUGUGGGGGACGGAUUUUAAUUUAAUUGCACAAUUAUUCCCAUAUAGAACAAGAAGACAAAUUAAAUCUAAAUUUAUUAAUGAAGAAAAGAAACACCCAAUUAUGAUUGAAUUAGCACUUCGAUCAAGAUUACCACCAAAUUUCGAUCAAUAUUGUGCUGAUAUUAGAAGAGAAUUAGGUACCGUUUCUGAUUUCAAUAAGAAAUUAGAAGAUUUACAAUUAGAACAUCAAGAAAAUUUGAAACAAAUUCAAUUAGCUAAGGAUAAUGCCAAGAUGGAAGAUUCAACUUUGGUUAAAGAGGACGCAUCCAAUACUAACAAAAAGGGUCCUGGUGGGUUUAUGUCUAAUGAUUUGAAAGUAUAUAGAAAGACAGAAGUUGUUCUUGGUACCAUUGAUGAUAUAAAGAGGAAAAGAGAAGAGGAAGAAGAUGAAGGCGACAAUGAUAGCGACGCAGAUAAACACGAAGUAGGUCAUCAUCACAGAAUAAAUAAAAUAGAGAUGGCAAAAUAA